AUGGCCCACAUGCUGCAUGCGGCGGCCCGGCGGGUUCAGUGGAGCAGGACGGGCGCCGCGAAGAGGGCGGCGUGCCUGCUGGCCGCGGCGUACGGGCUCAAGAUCCUCUACCCCAUCAUCCGCGGGCGCGUGAAGCGAGCGGGCGGCAGAGGCGGCUCCCAGGAUGAGGGGGGCCAGGCGGCGCCGCACCGCGCCAGCGGCCGGGGCAGAGCCUCCCCGGCCGUGGACGCGGAAUUCUUCAGGCAGCUGCUGGAACUCCGCAAGCUGUUCUUCCCGAAGCUGGUGAGUGCCGAGCUGGGCUUGCUUUGCCUCCACUCGUUCGCUCUGGUGUCCAGGACUUUCCUCUCUAUCUAUGUGGCCGCCCUCGAUGGGAAAAUUGUGAAGAGCAUCGUGGAAAAACAGCCCAGGAGCUUUAUCUUCAAGUUAAUCAAAUGGCUGAUGAUUGCGAUCCCAGCCACUUUCGUGAACAGCACCAUACGGUACCUGGAGUGCAAGCUGGCCCUCGCCUUCCGCACGCGCCUGGUGGAUCACGCCUAUGAGACCUACUUUGCCAACCAGACUUACUACAAAGUGAUCAGCAUGGACGGGCGGCUGGCCAACCCCGACCAGUCUCUCACCGAGGACAUCAUGAUGUUCUCACAGUCUGUGGCACACCUCUACUCCAACCUCACCAAGCCCAUCCUGGAUGUUGUGCUCACCUCCUACACCCUCAUCCGCACAGCGCGGUCCCGGGGGGCCAACCCCAUUGGGCCCACGGUCCUGGCUGGGCUCGUCGUCUACGCUACGGCCCGUGUGCUCAAAGCCUGCUCGCCCAAGUUUGGCAAGCUGGUGGCCGAGGAGGCUCACAGGAAGGGCUACCUGCGCUUCAUACAUUCACGCAUCAUUGCCAACGUGGAAGAGAUCGCUUUUUACCGAGGGCACAAGGUAGAAUUGAAACAGCUGCAAAAAAGCUACAAAGCUUUGACAGAUCAAAUGAAUCUCAUUUUGUCCAAACGUUUAUGGUACAUCAUGAUAGAGCAGUUCCUGAUGAAGUAUGUCUGGAGUAGCUGUGGUAUGAUUAUGGUCGCUGUGCCCAUCAUUACUGCAACGGGAUUUGCAGAUGGCGAGUUGGAAGAUGGCCAGAAACAGGCAAUGGUUAGUGAAAGAACAGAAGCUUUUACUACAUCACGAAACUUGCUGAUCUCUGGAGCAGAUGCUAUUGAAAGGAUUAUGUCUUCAUACAAAGAGGUCACUGAGCUAGCAGGAUACACUGCCCGUGUCUACAACAUGUUUUCAGUCUUUGAUGAGGUGAAGAGAGGCAUCUACAAAAGAACUGCUGUUAUUCAAGGGUCUGUAAACAACAGCAAGAAUGAAGACAAAGCAGAGUUACACAUUGAUGGGCCCUUAGAAAUCAAAGGGAAAGUAAUUGAUGUUGAUCAAGGAAUUAUUUGUGAAAAUGUUCCUAUUAUUACUCCGAAUGGCGAUGUGGUGGUUUCCAGACUAAACUUCAAAGUCGAGGAGGGGAUGAAUCUUUUAAUCACUGGACCCAAUGGCUGUGGAAAGAGUUCGCUCUUCAGAAUUUUAAGUGGUUUGUGGCCUGUGUAUGAAGGAGUUCUCUACAAACCCCCUCCGCAGCACAUGUUUUAUAUACCACAAAGGCCCUACAUGUCCAUUGGAACGCUACGUGAUCAGGUCAUCUAUCCAGACUCAGUGGAUGACAUGCAUGAGAAAGGCUACCAAGACCAAGAUCUGGAGUCUAUUCUGCAGAUGGUUCAUCUCUACCACAUAGUUCAAAGAGAAGGAGGCUGGGAUGCCAUCAUGGAUUGGAAAGAUGUCUUAUCAGGAGGAGAAAAACAAAGGAUGGGCAUGGCUCGGAUGUUUUACCACAGGCCGAAAUAUGCAUUGCUGGAUGAAUGUACGAGUGCUGUAAGCAUUGACGUCGAAGGAAAGAUAUUCCAAGCUGCAAAAGCUGCUGGGAUAUCCCUACUUUCCAUAACACACAGACCUUCUCUUUGGAAGUACCACACUCACUUGCUGCAGUUUGAUGGACAAGGUGGCUGGCGUUUCGAGCAGUUGGACACCGCUAUCCGUUUAUCACUGAGUGAGGAAAAACAGAGACUGGAAUCCCAGCUUGCAGGAAUUCCUAAAAUGCAGCAGAGACUGAAUGAACUGUGUAAAAUCCUGGGAGAAGACUCAGUGCUUAAAACAAUGGACAAAGAGGAAUAAAUAAUUUAUGUUUUAUGUUUUUAAAAGUAUUUUUUUAGUUAAAAGCAUUACAAAUUCAGCCAUUGUCCUUUGCAUGCAUUGUGAUAGAGGCUUAGAGCAUAGCGAAACACAGCCAGCAGAAAAUAAUGCUCUGAAUGCUAUGUAAGACUUUAGCAUUUUAGUAUUAAGGAAGAAAGAGGUUGAACUGUGAAAAGAAAAUAAGCAAGUGCACAGAGUAUAAGAUUAGUCAUUGCAGCUUAUGUUAAUUCCUAGUGAAAGCCCGAUUCACUGCAAGAAAUGGCCAAUACACUUAGGUUUUGUGGGUGAAUUUUUGCCUGAGACUUGGCCUGCAGAAUGUGCUCUUGUACCAGGUUACUGUGCAUAUGAUAUGCCUGCUACGCAGAGUAACCGGGCGUGAAACUCAGGCAUGGAGCACGGCAGAGGCAGUAUCUGGGUGAGUAUGCAGAUGCAUGCAAAAAUCUCAUCUGGGUAUAAGAAACAUUCAGCCCAUGUGAAACAAGACUUCUGUUCUACUACUGAAUCAUAUACACACCUUUACCUGCAUUUUUAUAGGAAAUAACAUAAUAGGCUGAUCAGAAGACAACUGUCCGAGCAACCCACUGCCCCCGUGACAGAGAAGAGCUAAAUAUGUAAUGUGCUUGUGCUGUACUUUAUGCCACUGCGCAUAGCUUCAGAGGCUCCUUGCCCUUCAUGAUACAUCAGUUCCUUUGGGGGAUUAUUUAUAUCCCUUAUUCAGUAACCUCUGGUGGUGUGGAUGGAGCACUGGGCCUGGCAUCAAGUGACUUAGUUUUUGCUUGACUAAAUCAUUCAUUUAGAUCCAUGUGUCUGAUCCAGCCAGCAUCCAUCUCUGUUCCUCCAUUGGUAUAAUCACAACAUAGACACUUGUUUGUUCCAUGAGACACUUUAUGACAGGAAGGACUGUAGGAGAAAGAAAGGUCAGUUUCUAACAAUAGACUGAAUUCUCAGGCACGGCUGUCCUGCCUGUUAAGAUGCUCAGCAUUUAUAAAGGUCUGUGAAAAGUUAGAACAUUUUGUAACCACUAAUUAAUAUGUCUGCCGUAUUUUGGUGAAGUGGCUGAACACUGCCCUCACCGUGAGCAAAUGCACUGAUUAACAGCUUUGCUUUCAAAUGCACUCACUGAUUGUCCUGUCUGCUUUUCAGUCAGUAGGAACAUGGUCCCCAGUCAGUCAAAAGGUGCUUAAAUAGAACGGCCUGAGACAGUACUGGCCUGCAUGCCUUGAUGGAGGCAAAACCUGGAGAAUUAGAAAUAAAGAUGCGAAUGUAUUUAAGAGCUCCUGCUCUCUCUGGCUGCAAAUGCAGGGCAGCUUGGGAGUGAAGAUCAGAUGUGGUAAGAGGCUUUACAGAUGGGUAAAUGAGCCUUAGCUGAGAUGUAGCGAUCCUGAAAUUUGUUGGUUCUUUUUUUCCCAGAAGUGCGAUUCCUUAGAAGAUUUAUAUCUGUUGUUCUCAGUCUGAGAAAGGCAGUGCGUAAGCUGUUAAGCACUGCUAAAGAGAGGAGAAAUAUUUUAGGGGCAUUUGCUGAGAUGGAAAUGCUUGAGCAUCCUGAAGUUAAUAGAAAUUGUUUCCUUUUUCUGAUUACUUCACGAAAACGGGGAAGGUGAAUUAAUUCCAUCUGCCAAAUCCUAGUCCAGUGCACUAAUAAUUAGCCCAUAUUCCUUCUCACUGUGUGCUCGGCUUCAUGUUUGGUAUGGCACUUGCACCAGAAAGUGGAAUAAGUCUGCUCCCUCCAGAAUCUGUGGCUUGAAUGUAACCCUGUAACUUAUCCUGGUGACAGCAGUGUGUUCCUUUCUUUAGUUUUUGCUGUAAUUUUCACCCACUGAGACAUCCCACUGACAUAGAAAGGAAUGCUCCUGGGAACUUUUGAAAGGGCUGAAAAAUUAAGGUUCAGGAAGUUGUGUAAAAAAACUAAAGAACAGACUGGAGGUCACUGCUGUGGUGGCUGACAUGUGCAGACAUUUUAAUUUGCAAGUGUCUCUGCUUGUCCCUCUCCCUGAAGGCGAGCUUUCCCCCCUCUCAUCUUCAAAGUAAAAUUUGGAGCUGCAAAGAUAAAAAAGAAGUCAGCCAAGAAUCUGUUCUCAGUGAGCAUGAAUGAGAUGACUGAUGAGUGUAAAAAGCUUGCACGUUUUUGAGUUAUGUUUCUCUAAGAUGUGGUGAAUCAGGCGCACAUCAUACACAUGCCCUUGUCCCAGCUGCUGUGUAUCCUGCUGGCUCAAACCAGCCACCUUUCCACAGGAGGACCUGAGGUGGAGGAAGGGGCAUUAUUGUCCCCCCCCUCCCCCACUAAGCACUUUAAUAUGUGGCUAGGAGCUGAACCAGGGUUGUCCACUCCCUGAAUGAGUAGGACACUGAAAGGUGAUGAAGAAGUGAUCCAGUUUGGUACAGCUCCAGGUAUCCCACCAAAGCUCUGCUCUGGCCCUUGACUUGCUGGGAGCCAUUAUGGACAAUGCAGCAUCUGAAAUCUGCUGUACACCUCGCAGAGAUCAAAGCUGGCCAUCCCUCAUGGCAUAAAGCAGACAUCCUCUGAGGAAACCAUGUUUAGUAGAAGAAAGUUUUUUGCUGUUUUUUUUUAAUGAGAUUAUGCAUAAAACAUACAAAAGAUAUAUAUGUUACUGAUGAAAUUUUGAUGAAAACUGAAAUAAUACCAGGAUCAAUGUAAUAGUGUUUUCUUUGAAGUUUGACAUGUAUUUCUUGAAUCCAGAGAUAGACUUAACCAUUCCCAUCUAGUAAUGUAAUGUAAAAUAUUCUAGACUCUCGCUCAGCUAUUCACAUUCUUGUAGGCAUGGCAAGAACAUUGUAUGAGAAGAAACACUUCUCUAAAUAGGAACUUUCUGAGUGAUACUGAGCCAGUUUUAGAAGGAUUUUCUGUACUGGUGGCUCAUUAUUUUUAAAGCUAGUUUUGUGGCAGGAAGAGAAGCUGCCCUGGAGAUAUUUUCUGCGAACUUUCUCUGUUGUUCCAAGGGCUAAUUGAGACUGGAGUGUCCGUUUCUGUUUCUUCAGAGUUUUACAGGGCAUAGGCCAGCUCAUUUUGUGCUGCUUCGGACCCAGCCGAGCAGAGGUGCAUGCUCCCUGCUCAGGAAUAACUCAGGGAGACAGUUCUGGAGCCGAGGCACGGGGAACACGUGACCCUUGCAGUGCAAGAGGGUCAGAGUGAGACAGGAAGCCGUGGUGGAAUGAGAGCUGCUUAUCACUGUUCAUUCCCUUUCUGUCAUUCAGGAGCUGUGACUCCCUGGGAGGCCGAGGAAGUGACUUUUUGGUCUUCUUUCUGCCUGUUGUAUCUAGCUGGAGCUAGCCAGAUCCCGCUCAUUGUGUCAUAGCAUCUGUGCAUUCAGGGCGGGAUACUGCACAGUGCUGAGCACACCUGGCCCCCAUAAGCACCCUCUCACCCCCCAGGGCUCAGGGCAGACUGGACUUGCCUGGGUCUGCAUCCUAGAGGAGUACAGGUGCUGAGCAAAAUUCAUACCAGCCUCAGGCAAGGAGUAACUGUACAAUAAAAAUAUGAAUUUUCCACAUCAGUUCAUUCAGGUAAUGCAGGAAUUUUUUGGAAGAAUCUUCAGAAUGGGAGGACACGUUUUUUGUGCAUGGGAUUUCAGUAUUUUAAAGUGGGAGGAGUUUGUUUUUCACUUAGUUUUGGGACCAGAGUCAUUCCUACUUUGGACUUGGAAGCCCUCCUUCUGCAAGGACAGAAGACCCCACAUGUCUUUUAAAAGACUUUUUGAAAGCAAUGGGAUUUGUAUUUGAGUAGGCAAUGAAGGACUCACUGGGAUAUUUUAAAGAAAAUUGCAUUAAAAAAUUAUCCCCUAAAGCAAAUGAAUACAUCUACAGUCCCCUCAAUAUGUGGUGAAUGAAUGGUGACAGUGCAUGUCAAAGUCAAAUUUAUGGGCCAAUCGUAUAAAGAAAUCCCCUUACUGAGCUGUUCGUGAAGCUUAAGAGAACUGAACUGCUAAUCGAAUGUCUUUGUUUUGUUUAUGUUUGAUAUUAAUGCCUUUUAAGAGCAGACAAUUUAUAAAGCAAUAAAAUAUGCUUUACAGUUGUAAUUUAUUCCAACCUCAAAUAAAACACGUUGCAUUUACUUUGAA